AUGGCCCAAACCAAUCAGUCCCUUUCCGAUGUCCCAUUUCUUCGUAACCUGGCCACGUCAUUGAAUGUGGCAAGUAUUCCGUUGGCCAUUUUCCUCCUCAUCUUGAUUUGCAUUGUGUGCAUCGCCGCGCUGGUGGUGAUUAUUUUGUGUGCAAAAUCAUGCAUCCGACGGGCGUAUAUGAGCAAACCAAAACGGAAACGCCUUAAGGCAGCAUAUUUGGACGAGAUUUUGGACCCGGUUAUGGAACCGGGAAUGUCUGGUCUGGUCACGUACGAGUUUCAUUAUGAUGUUACGAGCAAAAUCUUCCAAGUCACCGUGGUUGAAGGUAAAAACCUUGUGACGCCGGCGGACUCAGAAACACUGGAUGUUUAUGUGAGUGUGCUUUUGUUAAAACAAACUGGACAAGCGUGGAAACCACUUGGAAAGCGAUACAAGUCUGAAAUUCAACGUCACACAAAAACUCCUAGAUGGAACUAUUCAUGUAACUUUUCAAUGACUGAAAAUGAUUUGAAGAACUCCAAACUGAUCAUGGAGGUCUUUGAUUAUGACAAUUUGGGUCAGGAUCGAUGCAUCGGCCGACUUGAAGUUCCCAUUGGUGAAAUUCAUAUGGAUGAAUAUGUUGGCACAACAUAUGAAAAGACUGCAUGCCUGAGACCAGGUGCCCCAACCUACAAAGGGAUCGGUGAGAUAUGUGUCGGCCUAGCCUAUCUGUCCAAUCCUGGCUGCAUUGAAGUAUUCGUUUAUGAAGCAAGAAAAUUAGAUAUUCAACAUCUAUUGACUCCAGGCAAGAGCACUCUCAGUGUCCAAGUUGAUCUGAAACAUAGGAGAAAAACACUUGGGACGUUUGAGACCAAAGCCAAAGAAGAUUCAGUUAAUCCGUACUUUAAUGCAAGAUUUUCGGUUAACAUUAAACCAAAGUACCUAGAUGAUGCAUCAGUGAUAUUUAGUCUAAAGCAACGCGGUUCCUUUGGACGUCGAUCUGUCUUGGGUCGAUCGGUGGUUGGGCCCAAUUCCUCAUUAAACACCGGACUAAAACAAUGGGAUGAAAUGAGACAGCAUAGUCCGCGUACUCAUGUUAUGUGGCAUGUUAUUGUCCCGAAUGGUGGUGAGUACGAGCCUUGA